AUGGCGAUGAUGAUGACUGGCCGUGUGCUGCUGGUGUGUGCCCUCUGCGUGCUGUGGUGCGGUGCUGCGGUGGGGGUAUCGUUUGGUGAUAGUGUUAGUGAACUACAAGGUGAACUAUCGAGGGCUUCAGAGUCUUUAUCUAAGGGCGGCCAUGAAGAAGAACUGGAUAUACGAAAUCCAGUCGGUGAAGUGUUGAACACCUCAGAAGAACCGUUAGAUGCGCGAAAAUUAAAGAAUGUCAGCCCUCAAAAAACUUCUGUCAAACAACCACCAAGAGAUAAUGGUGGGGCGGCAGGAAAAGAAGAACAAGUAGAAGUAAAGAGAGCGGAAGAUAAGGUAA